AUGUCGUGGAGAAAUCAGGGAAUUACCGGAUCCAACAAUAUCCCCUUGGGGAAAACUCGCCGGUUCGGCGGCGAAGAUGAGCCUGACAAUAGCUACAACAGCUCUUCCUACUCGAAUGGCGACUCCUACGGAGAUCGCGACCUGAAGCGUGGUCGUAGCCCUGAGCCGCGAACUGACGCCGACGGUCCGCGACGACGAAAGAAGCGUAAUCGAUGGGGUGAUGCCUCCGAGAACAAGGCUGCUGGUCUCAUGGGUCUUCCCACCGCGAUCGUGGCAAAUAUGACAAGCGAACAACUAGAGGCUUACACUCUCCAUUUGCGCAUCGAGGAGAUCAGUCAAAAGCUUAAGAUUGACGAUGUCGUUCCAGCUGACGGCGAUCGCUCACCGUCACCUCCCCCUCAAUAUGAUAAUCAUGGUCGUCGUGUCAACACUAGGGAAUACCGCUAUCGAAAGCGCCUCGAGGAUGAGCGUCACAAGUUGAUUGAAAAGGCUAUGAAGACCAUCCCAAACUACCACCCUCCUCAGGACUACCGUCGGCCAACAAAGACCCAAGAGAAGGUCUACGUGCCGGUCAAUGAUUACCCGGAGAUUAACUUCAUCGGCUUACUUAUUGGUCCUCGUGGCAACACACUCAAGAAAAUGGAAUCAGAAUCUGGUGCCAAGAUUGCCAUUCGCGGGAAAGGCUCAGUCAAGGAGGGCAAAGGCAGAAGUGACGCUGCACAUGCUAGUAACCAGGAAGAAGAUCUUCACUGCCUAAUUAUGGCCGACACCGAAGAAAAGGUUAACAAGGCCAAGAAGCUCAUCCACAAUGUUAUCGAAACUGCUGCCUCCAUCCCUGAAGGCCAGAACGAACUGAAGCGGAACCAGCUCCGUGAACUUGCCGCCCUCAACGGAACAUUGCGUGAUGAUGAGAACCAGGCUUGUCAGAACUGUGGACAGAUCGGUCAUCGUAAAUAUGACUGUCCCGAGAAGCAGAACUUCACUGCCAACAUCAUCUGCCGUGUUUGCGGCAAUGCAGGACAUAUGGCAAGAGACUGUCCUGACAGGCAGCGGGGCGCCAGUUGGCGCAAUGACGGCCCUGGGGCUGGCCGCCCUGCUGGACGCAUUGGGGGCGGAGAGACUGUAGACAAGGAGUACGAGCAACUCAUGCAAGAGCUUGGCGGCGGAGGAGCUGCCCCUGCCCGCAUCGAAGCUGGUCCUGGAUCUUACAACAACAAUAACGGAGACGCGAAGCCUUGGCAGCGAGGGCCUACUGGCGGCCCUGCACCUUGGCGUAGCCGCAACAAUGACCGCGAUAAUGAAGCUGGUGGCGGCGGCGGAGCCUCUGGCGGUCCGGCGCCCUGGGCUCGCGACCGUGGUAGUCGCAAUAACGAUAACAACGGCGAUAGCUACUACGGUGGACAGAGCAAUUACGGCUCUUCUGCUCCUCCCGGCACCGCUCCAUGGCAGCAAGCCCCUGGGGCUCAAUCAGGCGGUUAUGGAAGUUAUGGAGGCUAUGCAGGCUAUGGUGCGCCUCCGGGCAUGGGAGCCGCCGCUCCCCCUGGAGCUCCUCCAGGUCUGAGUGCACCUCCUGGACUUCCCGGAAAUAUCAAUGCCUUGAUCCAGCAGUAUGCCGGCUCGAUGGUUCCACCUCCUCCUCCCCCUCCGGAUGGAGCGCCGCCGCCACCACCAAGCGACUUCCCUCCUCCCCCUCCUCCGGGAGCCUAA